GCGCCUGCCCCGCCAGACAAAGUGGCGAGCUGCGACGUGACCGGCCGGUCGUGUAGGUGCAGCAGCCAACGAGCCCGGCGGCGGGCAAGGGACACGAGCAGGACCCCCGGUUCCGAGUAACUGCGGCCCGCGCCGCCGCGUCACGCUUACUCUGGGCGCCGCGAGACACACAUAACGAUACUAGAUUUGCACUGCAUCUUGGAAUUCAUCUACACUUAAAAUGCCACCUGCAAUUGGAGGACCAGUGGGAUACACCCCCCCAGAUGGAGGCUGGGGGUGGGCAGUGGUAGUUGGAGCGUUCAUUUCUAUUGGCUUCUCCUAUGCAUUUCCCAAAUCCAUCACUGUCUUCUUUAAAGAGAUUGAGGUUAUAUUCAGUGCAACAACCAGUGAAGUGUCGUGGAUAUCAUCGAUCAUGCUGGCUGUCAUGUACGCUGGAGGUCCUAUCAGCAGUAUCUUGGUGAAUAAAUAUGGCAGCCGUCCAGUAAUGAUCGCUGGUGGGUGCCUGUCUGGUUGUGGCUUGAUCGCAGCUUCUUUCUGUAACACAGUACAGGAACUUUACUUGUGCAUUGGUGUUAUUGGAGGUCUUGGGCUUGCUUUCAACUUGAACCCAGCUCUGACUAUGAUUGGCAAGUAUUUCUACAAGAAGCGACCAUUGGCCAACGGACUGGCUAUGGCAGGCAGCCCUGUCUUCCUCUCUACCCUGGCUCCACUUAAUCAGGCUUUCUUUGGUAUUUUUGGCUGGAGAGGAAGCUUCCUGAUCCUUGGGGGCCUCCUCCUAAACUGUUGUGUAGCUGGGUCCCUGAUGAGGCCAAUAGGGCCUGAGCAGGGCAAGGUGGAGAAACUCAAGUCCAAAGAAUCUCUGCAGGAAGCUGGGAAGUCUGACGCGAAUACAGAUCUCAUUGGAGGAGGCCCCAAGGGAGAAAAGCUGUCAAUCUUCCAAACAAUUAAUAAAUUCCUGGACUUGUCCCUGUUUACCCAUAGAGGCUUUUUGCUGUACCUGUCUGGAAAUGUGGUCAUGUUUUUUGGACUCUUUACCCCUUUGGUCUUUCUCAGUAAUUAUGGUAAGAGUAAGCAUUUUUCCAGUGAGAAGUCAGCCUUCCUCCUUUCCAUUUUGGCUUUUGUUGAUAUGGUAGCCAGACCGUCCAUGGGACUUGCAGCCAACACCAAGUGGAUCAGACCUCGGAUCCAGUACUUUUUUGCUGCUUCUGUUGUUGCAAAUGGAGUGUGCCAUUUGCUGGCACCUUUGUCUACAACCUACAUUGGUUUCUGUGUCUACGCGGGAAUCUUUGGAUUUGCCUUUGGUUGGCUUAGCUCCGUAUUAUUUGAAACAUUGAUGGACCUCGUUGGACCCCAGAGAUUCUCCAGUGCUGUGGGCUUGGUGACCAUUGUGGAGUGCUGUCCUGUCCUCCUCGGGCCGCCACUUUUAGGCCGCCUCAAUGACAUGUAUGGAGACUACAAAUACACGUACUGGGCUUGCGGCGUGAUCCUCAUCAUCGCUGGAGUCUAUCUCUUCAUCGGCAUGGGCAUCAAUUAUCGACUUGUGGCCAAAGAACAGAAAGCGGAAGAGAAGCAGAAAAGGGAAGGUGAAGAGACCAGCACCGAUGUUGAUGAGAAGCCAAAGGAGACAAUGAAAGCGGCACAGUCGCCACAGCAGAACAACUCCGCGGACCCUGCCGAGGAGGAGAGUCCAGUCUGACACCUGAAGAGAGCAGCGUGUGACCCAAGACAUCCGAACCCAUUCUGCUGGCCUCUAGUCUACCAGUGGUGCUCAGUGCAGACAGUGGACAUUUGUGUGGAAAACCUGCCAGGUGUUCAUUGGUGGGAUUUUUUUUUUUU